GAAGCUGACAACCAUCUGUAGCUCCAGUUCUAAAGGAUCCAAUGCCUUCUUCUGGCCUCUGAAAGCAUUGUGAACAUGUGGUGUACAGACAUACAUACAGUCAAAACACCCAUAACAGAAAUAAAUCUUUAGAGACCCGUCAACAUGGGCCGCAUUUGCACCAAGGCCAUGAAGAAGGCGGCCUGGGUCAUCAUUGAGAAGUACUACACGUGCCUGGAUAAUGACUUCCACACCAACAAGCGCGUGUGCAAGGAGAUUGCCAACAUCCCCAGCAAAAAUAUUUGGAACAAGAUAGCCGGCUAUGUCACGCAUCUGAUGAAGCGGAUUCAGAGAGGUCCUGUGAGAGGCAUCCCCAUCAAGUUGCAGGAAGAAGAGAGGGAGAGGAGAGAUAACUAUGUUCCUGAGGGCUCAGCCCUAGAUCAGGAGAUCACUGAGGUAGAUCCUGACACCAAGGAAAUGCUGAAGCUUCUGGACUUUGGCAGUCUCUCCAACCUCCAGGUCACUCAGCCUACGGUUGGAAGGAAUUUCAAAACACCACAUGGAGCUGUUUAAUCCGUUAUGCCAUAUUUUCAA